AUGGAGAAGAAGAUGAAGGAUUGUGGCUAUAAGGUUACGUUAGGUCGGAGCGAGGAGGUAGCUAGGCUGCAGAGCUACUUCGAGCUCGAGCAAACAUGCUCGGCAUGGGAGGCCAAUGCUAGCUCGUGGUUUGUUAUAGGUGGAGCUGGAGCGCACGUGGUAAGGUUAGGAGUUGCGGGCGAUGUGAGGGGUUACUGUGGAGGCUAUGGACGAGGGUGCUUACAAAAGGGUGGUCAGGCAUGGGGUGAGAGAGGAUUGUUUUUGGGGGCUAUAGUCGAGGGUGCUCGCGAGAAAGUGGUCGGCUAUGGGGCGAGAGAGGGAUGUUGUGGGGGGCUUGCGAGGGGAGGUUUUUUCGCAAUGAAAAAGAUGAAAGAAAGGGAUUGCUAUGAAGGAAAGUUUUAG